GAGAGAGAGAGAGAGAGAGAGAGAGAGAGAGCUGUGAAUGGUGAAGGAGCAGGGGAGGGCAGGCAGAGAGAAGGCGAGAGAGAAAGCGGCUGGCCUUUGUAGUCGGCCGAGGAAUGCGGAAACGUCCCUGCUCUGUGUCAAACUCCUCCGGAGGGGGUCGAGGCAACAUUCAGCCCAGCGUGGGAAAGCGACGGGCAGAGCGAGCUCACCGAGCAGCUCAGCGCACCACACUCUCUCCGCUUAGAUGGGAAAACGCGUAGUGGGGGAAAACGGACGGACGCUAGCCUAGCCGAGCUGAGGAGAUAAGCAGCACACGCUCCUUGCACGCUCACUGAGGGCUUGGGGAAAGAGAAGAAAAAGCGAGUCGCUGAGUUGAGCUCGGUGUGCCGCAGUGGCGCAGGCGCUGGCGCAGGGAGGAUGGGGGGUUAAAGCGCUGCAGCCGCCGACUACCUGUGUGGCCUCGCUAGGACAGUCCGGGAUGUAGAAGAGGGGGAGAGAAGAAGAAUAAAAAACCCCGCUCCUGCUGCUUCUUUCUCGCAGUUUUUUUUUUUUAAUAAACGCGAACGAUUGUAGCGUGAUUUACAUUUCAGUGAGAAACUAAAAGGGGCAACGCACGUGCAGAAGCGGCGCUGACUCUCCCGGUCAUGGCUUCGUGAAAGAGCCUCACCGGGCACGUUUUCGGGAUUCCCCGGGGUAGGGCUGCAUCCGAGCAUAAAGACGCCCGUGCCAGAAAGACAAGUAGAUAAAGAAAAAAAAAAGGAUGGACAGAGAAGGUCUAAACCAGCAGUAUGAGCCCGUGGCUGAGAUCGGCGAGGGCGCGUACGGGAAGGUGUACAAGGCGCGCGACCUGAAGAACGGACGCUUCGUGGCGCUGAAACGGGUGCGCGUGCAGACCGAGGAGGAGGGCAUGCCUCUAUCCACCAUCCGCGAGGUGGCAGUACUGAGGCAGCUCGAGUCUUUCGAGCACCCCAACGUGGUCAGGUUGUUCGAUGUCUGUACAGUUUCUAGAACUGAUCGGGAGACCAAACUGACUCUGGUCUUUGAGCAUGUGGACCAGGACUUGACCACAUACCUAGAAAAAGCACCUGAUCCAGGAGUGCCACCUGAAACCAUAAAGGAUAUGAUGUACCAGUUGCUGCAGGGGUUGGACUUCCUCCAUUCGCACCGUGUGGUUCACCGAGACCUGAAGCCUCAGAACAUUCUGGUCACCAGCGGAGGACAGAUCAAACUGGCAGAUUUUGGCCUGGCACGCAUAUACAGUUUUCAGAUGGCCCUUACUUCAGUGGUGGUCACUCUCUGGUAUCGAGCUCCAGAAGUGCUCCUGCAGUCGAGUUAUGCGACCCCGGUGGAUCUGUGGAGUGUGGGCUGCAUCUUUGCUGAGAUGUUCAGAAGAAGGCCGCUUUUCCGUGGGAAUUCUGAUGUUGACCAAUUGGGCAAGAUUUUUGAUGUGGUUGGAGUCCCUCCUCCUGAAGACUGGCCCCAGGAAGUGGGUUUGCCUCAGAGUGCCUUUCCCCCUCGCCCCCCUCAGCCUAUAGAAGACCUGGUGCCUGACAUGGACGAGCUUGGAAAAUCACUUCUACUUAAAUUUCUGUCGUUCAACCCAGGCCGAAGGAUAUCGGCUUAUGAUGCCCUGUCUCACCCAUACUUUCAGAGCCUGGACAGCACCAGCAAGAGUCUCUAUGCCCAACCCUUCCCGAGCAAAAAGCCCUCCCUGGAGGAGAGAGCUGCUUGAAAGACUUUCCUUUUUUAUAGACUUACUGGCACAAGCCCCUUUUUGAACUUGUCUUCCAUUGCCGCAUUACAUGCUGCUUUUAGUCCUCGUUGAAGUAUUACCACAAUUCUCGGUUGAUGCAUUUUCACUGCAGCAGGUAAUAUCAGUGUCACUGCCUGGGACAAUUUACAAAAAAAAAAAUCAAAAGCUGCUUUCCUGCCUGCCUGUCUUCCUUUGCAGGAAGUCCCUCUGCUCAGAGGAAACUCCACUGCCAGAUAUCUGAUACAGAGGCUGCUACACCAUGUUGCCAGGGAUCACUCUGUCUUGACGAACAUCAUAAAAAUAUAACUGCCAGGACUUAGCUAAUAAUCAGCUGCCUAAAUCACACUGCUCUAUAUCAGCAAGUUCACUGCCUGUGACUGACCCAAUCUCGUAUUUGAAUCCUGAAAAACCAUAUUGUUGUCACUGCUAAUGUGGGUCUGUUGAACAGAACCGCACUCUGUAAGAUGGAAUUGCACAUGUAUACUCUUUUGCUCAUGCUCUGAAAGUGAGUUAUGGGUCACAGCAUUUAGGUAAAUUAUCUGUCAGUAUAUCCCCCAAGGCUGGUCUUUGUGGACCUUGACAGCAUUGGAGACACAUUUCAGUUCAGUGCCUUACAGAGGAGGAGAAAUCAUACGGCUAUGGUUUAAGCCCUCACCACUGUCGAGGCCUUAAUGACCUUUAUUAACCUGGCAGACACCCAACACUUCAGACUGGUUUUCUGCACACAGACUAAAGUCUGGUUUAUGCUUCAUCAUAAAUAUUUAAAAGAACUUCUGAAAACUGAAAACGGCGUAGUAAACAGGAAGUAGUGAUGACAUAGAUGAAGACAUUGUUCUUAGAGUGGAAGAUAUUGAGUCGCACCAUCUCAGCAAGGUAUUUUUAAAAAUGGAGUUAUCUGCAAUACAAGCUGCUUUACAAAAAAUUCGUAAACACUGAUUCCGUAGAAACAGCUUUCUCCCCAACCAACCAGCAAGACCAUUUUAUGCAAAUGUGAUUUACAGAGCAAUGACAGCAGAGUGGUGCAUCAGGUAGCGUUGGUCAGGUAGCCUCACAGCUCCAGGGUCUAGGGCUUGAUACUGAGCUUCACAUAUUUGUGUGGGUUUCCUGUGGGUACAGAGAUUUCAUCAGACCUCAUAAAAAAACAUGCCAGUUAGUGGAUUGGUUACUCUAAAUUGGUGUAAAUGUAAACGUUUUUGGUGCAUUUCCACCUUGCGCCUAGUAUUCCCAGUGGAUCCAUUACAACCCUAACCAGGAUGAAGUGGUUACUGAAAAUGAAUGAAUCACUUCCAUAACUCAACUGAUUUAAAAUAAAUUUUAUAAAAGAAAAUGAAACAUUGUGGCUGUUAUACAUAGUGCUUGGCUAAAAGAGUUGAACUCUUGACAAGCUCACUGACAUGCGCCCAACUUGCUACUGGGAAAUGUAUUUAACUAAUACAGCCCAACAUUGUCUCUCAGACCACCUUCAGACUGGACCGUCUUCAAAAAUCUUGUCACAGAGUCGAGGCUGCCACCAGUUCCCAUGGCCUUCCUACUGCUAGCCAACAGAAGCAGAACUGGGUGGCCCAGUUGGACAUUCAGUUUUGAAGACUAAGUUUUCCAAAUUGUGUUGCACCCCUCCCUCCUCUCUGAAUUGCUUUUCUGACCCCUGGAAAGAAGCAUAAACCAGUCUUGACCAGUGUAAUUUAGUGUCUGGAAACCUGGCCCUUAUAGUCUAUAUCUACACAAAUUGUUCUUUCUACACUGUUCAUUUAUUUUUAAUAUCAGUGUUGAUUGUUGAUGACUUAUUGUGGUUAAGUCUUAAUUGUAGCUGACUUGAAGGUGUAGGGACUUGUAUGUAUGACUUGUAUAUUAUACAGUAUGUACACACCAUGUUGUGGUGUGAAUGGAGUAGUAACUCCGUAUGUAGUUAGAGGGCUGACCCUCACUGGGUAGCAUUUUACAGUUAAAACGAUUUGUUAUAAGAGCAAGAAGAAGCGUAACUGGCAGGUGGUUUGAGAAAUAAUUGUAGUGCAGUAAUGCUUGAGCAAGUAGAAACUGUCUAGCUUUAGAGACAAUGAAUGAGGCGUGAAAGGUUUGUUUUUGAGAGAUUAAGAGGGUUUGCAGAGGUUGAGGAAGGUUGUGUAAUAACUGUGUUUUUGCAGAAAUUCAGGACUUGUACAUUCAGUUUGAACUUCCAUUUGAUCCUUCCAUUAUUCAAUUCGCUCAGUUCUGGACUGAUGAUAGCCAAGUAGCUCAGAGACGUAUCCAGCUUUUUGUCUGACUCUUCAGAUGAGUUAGAAGGGAGGAAGGUAAAGAAGAAGGAAGAAUGCUGCUUUAGAAAUUUAGGAUGUGGCCCAGGAGCCUGGUCCAAGAUGAGGCUAAACAGAAUAGAACAACACCCAGAUGCCGUGUCGUAGGCCUUUAUCCACAGGUUCAUCCAGAUAAGCACUGGUGCUUCCUUCAUUCACUCAGGAUCUCAGUAGACUCAUUGGUUCGUACUUAUCAGAUAGCGCUGAUUUUACAGCUGAUCUGUGAUGGACUUUUUUCCUUUCAUAGUAAAGAAUAAUAUCUGAUAAAUAUAACUCACUCUACCACACACUCAGGUCUAUUUAUGGUUGUAUGCAUAGAUUCAACAGGUUUCAUAUCUGUUUCAGUUUAAUCAUUGUUUUAACAUUAGUGCAUAGUAAAUUAAGUCUGCAAACUAUUCACUGUAUUAAUUCCAAAAUAGCAUAGUACAAUGUUGCUUUCAGACUAUUUAUGGCUAUAUUUACACACAUGUUCAUCGGAUUACUGGUAUCAUCAGACAUUUUAACAUUUAACACUGUUACAGUCUGGACUUUUAUAUUUAUGAAGGUUUUCAAUCAUUAAUAUCUUAUAGUCUAGAAAACUGGACUUGUGUUUUAAUCGUGAAGACAUCUCACCACCCAUCUGUGGCGCAACAUAAUAACUGCAGUCCAGCGUAGUGAGGAAUUCAGGGCAAGUCCCAGUUGUCUAUCUAUACCUGAAGAACAGGCAACACUUUUAAUCUACAACACCACCUAUCAUCUGUAUACAGUGCUGACGUGAUGUAUUUACCCCAGCGGUUUCACAUCAAUUCACACUUCUAGAUCCAAGUGUUGCCCCAGUCUCAUGAUGUCCAGAUGUGAGAUAGUGGGAAAUUUCCAACCAUUCAACAGAGCUGAUGAAGUCUUCAUGAUUGAAACACAAGUCCAUAGAGGACUACAAGUGUGUGUGGCGGUCUGGGGAAAAAAAACAGUGUGAUUUCCUCAGACAGUGAAUGUCAUGUUGAAUAGCUUCAUGAUGUAGCGAAAUGCAUAUAAGGAUAUAAUCCAUUCAGUUUUUAUUCGGAUAUUGACUAUGAAAGUAACCAUGAUGCUCCUGCACUGCAGUGGAGUUAUAGUGACAAAAGUUUUCCCAAGCCGCCACACAUAUGAAUUUAUAAUAAAACAUGGAGGCAGUUUUGUCUUUUUUUGGGUUGCUAUUGCUUCUGACACUUUACCGCUAACAUUCCUUCCAGUUUUUUUCAUAUGUUGUUAAAAACUCUUCUUCUCUUUUGGGCAGUUCCUCAACACGACUGUUUGUACAGACACAGCAUGUUCUUUCCCUCUCCCAAAAAAUGAGGAGCAAAUGAGGAUUGUUGGUUUUUUUUUUUUUUAGUGGGCAUUAGAUGUCAUAAAGUACAGAUAUUUACAUGAGAAAGUGCUAAGUGUGCUCGUUUGAUUACAGCUUUCAUUCAGCACUAAGCCUUUUCUGUCUCGCAUAAAGUCACAGUGGCUUGGAAUUAAAGCUGAGUUCAAGGAUAAAGCUUUGGAAUGUAAAAACUUUAAGAUAGUAACAAAAAAAAUUUGAAUGUUGACAUAACAUGUUGACACAAAUAGCACCUUGAAAAUCACCCAUCUCACUAUAUUUGUGAAACAUUAAUAAUUCUUUCUUUCCACUAUAUUUCUCAUUCGCUACCAAUAUCAGUACAUGAGGGUGACAUAAACAAUAAAUUGAACUAUUUCUCGUUGUUUGUACGUGUUUGCUUUAAUUGGAAAUUGAAAUAUAAUCAGUUGAAUUUUAUUUAAUCAGUUAUCAAUGAUUUUUUUAUUUUAUUUUAUUGUAUUUGCUGGAUAGUGGUACUUUGCAUUUGUUUUUAUUUCUUAUCCUCCUUAUAUUUUGCCUCCACUUUAUUUUUUAUUCAUUUUUUUUUUAUUUAUUGGCAUUUUAAUAGAAAUACAUUGAAAAGAUUGUUGUGUGAGAAUGAAUCUUGCCUGUUUAGCUGGUGGUGUGCUGACGGUGCUAUGAUAUAAGAAUUUCUUAAACUUGAAAUGGAAUCACUAUCAAUAUGGGGAAAAUUUGUGUUUAUAGAACAGCAACAGUGAGCAUUCAAGAUUUAAAUAUCUCUUUUCCUUUUUUUUAAUUUUCAGCAGACAUUUCCCAUAGAAAACAAAAUCAAUUCGAGCCCUCAUGACAUAUAUCUUAGACUUGAAUUACUUUAUAAUAAAUGGUAAUACUGCUGAUUCCACAUAAUUUGCUACACAAAUGUAUUUUGCUAUAAAAAUGCUACACAUAACCAAGGAACAGACUCACUGUGCAGAUCAAAUCUGUACUUCUACUGAACUUCCCAAAUUACUGCGCAUUUUCUGAAAAUAACUACCUUGUUUAAAGCUGUAUCCAGUACUAUAAUGAACUAUUAUUGGUCAUUUUUUUUCUUUUUCAUUUUAGUGUCCAGCACACAUAUGGAUUUCAUUGUACUUUGUAUUUCACUGGAAAAUUAAGAACUAUUUCAAGUUGUUUGUAAGGUAUUUUAUGUUUCUUAGAUUUUCCAUGUCUUUAACCUAAUAACAGAAAUAGGCUGUUUUUUGCAUUUAUAUUAUACUUUGUGGCUCUGUGUAAUCUUUACCUAAUUGAUCAUUCUGAUAUUUACUGGUUUGUUUUGUUGCUUAUUUUUCUGCUUAGCAGCGUAUUAACCAGGCACAGUAACCAGAAGUAGGUUUUGUUCAGUGAUGCGUUUUUGUCAGUAGGUGUUAGGAUGUUUGUUCUGAUGUUGGUGUGCUGGUGUGUGGAUAUCUGAUCUACACUGUUUGUUUCAGUAACUGUGGUUGGCACUUACCAGUUCCUGAAAUGGUACUCAAAACACAUGUGGUUCAUAACACAUGCAUAGAACCAUUGAAAUGUUACUGAUUUCUUUUAAUUCUUUUUCCAAUUGAUUUUUCCCUGUUUUACUGUAUGGAAGACAUUACUUGUAUUAUUCAUAAUCAACUUUCGUUUUUGAGAAACUGAGGUAUUUGGCAGCUUUUCAUGAGACCUAAUAUGACUAUCAUCAACAACCACAACAACAACAACAACUACAGCAGAUUUCUAUAAUCAGUACCUAAUAUAACCAAUAUUAUAAAUCAUAAAAUUGCUACUGUCAGUGGAUUUAGACAUUAUCAUUUCAGUUUUUGUUUACUUUUACCAUUGAAUCAGAAUCACGGAAAUACCUGAAUUCCUUUGCUGCUUCAGUUUAAAGCUUUGAAUGACAAUAUAUCAAGAUUUCCACGAACCAAAUUAAAGUGAGAGUAUCAUUACUGGUCAUGGCACCACACCAUUUUUAUUUUAUCUCACUUUUUUAUUUUCUCCACCCCUGCCCCCCUCCCCUUUCCCCCUUAGUUACUUGCAUAAAUUAUUUAUGGAUAAGGUUUUGUAUUUGUUGUAUUGUUUGUUUGUUUGCUGCUAAUUUUUCACAGCUUGGCUCAAAUACAUGAUGAAAGAAAAAGACCCUCCUAAAUUUGAUGCCAUUGAUAAAUAAAGCUGCUUGUGCUCAUGUGUUGCAUGUGUAACUGCCUGACAUUGUUUUUUUUAUGUUUUUUCCUUUAAAUAAAUAUUUGAAAAUGA